UCUUUCUCCCUUCUCUCUCUCACAGGCUCAGCCCAGCCAGUCUACUUCUAGAAGCGCGGCACGCAGCCCUAGACCCCAUUCGCUCUCCACACGCCUCUUCCUCCUCCGCUCCCUUCCAUAACUCCUCUGUCUUUGUCUCUCUCUCUCUCUCUCCUCAAUCAUCACACGCUCUCUGUCUCUCUCUAAUCAAAUCCUUAUCCGCUGUCAUCGUUUUGUCUAUGAUUGCGUGAUCGUCGUCAUGUAUAUGAACACAGCGUCCUGCUCUGCCUCGUCCCUCCUCAGAGCUUCUAGGGCUCGAUUUUUCUCGUCCUCCUCCUCGGCCGUCUCCAGAACCUUCGUUUCUUCGCCCAUCAGGCCGUCGCACCACCACUUCGCCUCCCUUCGCUUUCUCAGCUCCUCCUCCGCCGCUCGCUCCUUCCCUCGCUGGAGCCACGGCGGUGUCCAUUGGCGCUCCCCCUACACGCUUCGCUCACAGAUCAGAGCCGUCGCUCCCGUCAUCGAACAGUUCCAGCGCAAGAUCGCUUCCAUGGCUUCCGAAAAUCCUUUCAAGGCAAACUUGACCAGUCUUCCCAAGCCCGGAGGCGGCGAGUUUGGCAAAUUCUACAGCCUUCCUUCUCUGAACGACCCAAGGAUUGAUAAGUUGCCCUACUCUAUCAGAAUCCUUCUGGAAUCUGCUAUCCGUAAUUGCGAUGGCUUCCAAGUCAAGAAGGAGGAUGUUGAGAAAAUUAUUGAUUGGGAAAAGAGUGCCCCAAAGCAAGUCGAAAUUCCUUUCAAGCCCGCUCGUGUGCUCUUGCAGGACUUUACUGGAGUUCCAGCUGUGGUCGACCUUGCUUGUAUGCGUGAUGCUAUGAACAAUCUUGGGAGUGAUUCUAAGAAGAUCAAUCCUUUGGUUCCUGUAGAUCUUGUUAUUGAUCAUUCAGUUCAAGUUGACGUUGCAAGAUCAGCAAAUGCAGUGCAGGCCAAUAUGGAUCUUGAAUUCCAUAGAAACAAGGAGAGAUUUGCUUUCCUUAAAUGGGGUUCGACUGCUUUCCAUAAUAUGCUUGUUGUUCCACCGGGUUCUGGCAUUGUUCAUCAGGUUAAUCUUGAAUAUCUUGGACGGGUUGUUUUCAACAAUGAUGGCUUACUCUACCCUGAUAGUGUGGUUGGAACUGAUUCCCAUACAACCAUGAUUGACGGGUUAGGAGUUGCUGGAUGGGGAGUUGGAGGUAUUGAAGCUGAAGCUACUAUGCUUGGCCAGCCAAUGAGCAUGGUGUUGCCUGGUGUUGUUGGGUUCAAGUUAUCUGGAAAGUUAAACAAUGGUGUUACUGCUACUGACUUGGUUUUGACUGUCACGCAAAUACUGAGGAAGCACGGAGUUGUCGGAAAAUUUGUUGAAUUCUAUGGGGAUGGUAUGGGUGAACUAUCAUUGGCUGACAGGGCCACUAUUGCCAAUAUGUCCCCUGAGUAUGGUGCAACCAUGGGUUUCUUCCCUGUUGAUCAUGUUACUUUGCAGUAUCUCAAAUUAACUGGCAGAAGUGACGAGACUGUGUCAAUGAUUGAAAGUUAUCUGAGGGCAAAUAAAUUGUUUGUUGACUAUAAUGAGCCUCAAUCUGAAAGGGUAUACUCAUCUUACCUAGAAUUGAACCUUUCAGAAGUCGAGCCGUGUGUCUCAGGACCCAAGAGACCUCAUGACCGUGUGACUUUGAAAGACAUGAAAUCUGAUUGGCAUGCUUGUCUUGAUAGCAAGGUUGGGUUCAAGGGAUUUGCUAUACCAAAAGAGGUGCAAAACAAAGUGGUGAAGUUUCAAUUCGAGGGACAGCCAGCAGAGCUUAAGCAUGGUAGUGUUGUGAUUGCUGCAAUCACAAGUUGCACAAAUACAUCAAACCCAAGUGUCAUGCUUGGGGCUGCUCUCGUUGCAAAGAAGGCUAGUGAACUUGGUCUACAGGUCAAGCCAUGGGUGAAAACAAGUCUUGCCCCGGGUUCUGGAGUAGUUACAAAAUAUUUACUAAACAGUGGAUUGCAAAAGUAUUUUGAUCAACAAGGUUUCCAUAUUGUUGGAUAUGGGUGCACAACAUGCAUUGGGAAUUCAGGGGAUUUGCAUGAAAGUGUUGCUUCUGCUAUAUCAGAAAAUGACAUUGUAGCAGCUGCUGUGCUCUCUGGAAACAGGAAUUUUGAGGGCCGUGUUCAUCCAUUAACAAGAGCUAAUUACCUUGCCUCUCCUCCUUUAGUGGUUGCUUAUGCCCUUGCUGGAACGGUUGACAUUGACUUUGAUAAGGAGCCAAUUGGAACAGGGAAGGAUGGUAAGAGUGUCUAUUUCAGGGACAUUUGGCCGUCCACAGAGGAGAUUGCUGAGGUAGUGCAAUCCAGCGUGUUGCCAGAUAUGUUCAAGAGCACUUACGACUCAAUUACUAAGGGCAACCCCAUGUGGAAUCAGCUAUCAGUUCCCGAAUCCAAACUGUACUCAUGGGACCCUAAUUCAACCUACAUUCAUGAGCCCCCAUACUUUAAGGGAAUGACAAUGGAUCCUCCCGGUGCCCAUGGAGUGAAGGAUGCAUACUGCUUGUUGAAUUUUGGUGACAGUAUUACAACAGAUCACAUCUCCCCAGCAGGAAGCAUCAACAAGGAUAGUCCUGCAGCCAAGUACCUUCUUGAGCGUGGGGUGGAUCGCAAAGACUUCAAUUCUUAUGGAAGUCGUCGUGGCAAUGAUGAAGUUAUGGCAAGGGGAACUUUUGCCAAUAUCCGCCUUGUUAACAAGCUUUUGAAUGGGGAAGUAGGUCCAAAAACAGUUCACAUUCCUUCCGGGGAGAAGCUCUUUGUCUUUGAUGCAGCAACUAGAUACAAGGCUGAUGGGCAUGACACUAUUGUGAUAGCUGGAGCCGAGUAUGGAAGUGGAAGCUCUAGGGAUUGGGCCGCCAAGGGCCCAAUGCUAUUGGGCGUUAAAGCAGUGAUUGCUAAAAGUUUCGAGAGAAUCCAUCGCAGUAAUUUGGUUGGAAUGGGUAUCAUUCCUCUUUGCUUCAAGGCCGGUGAGGAUGCAGACACGCUAGGAUUGACUGGUCACGAACGUUAUACCAUUGACCUCCCUAGCAACAUUAGUGAGAUUAAACCUGGCCAAGAUGUGACUGUCACAACGGACAAUGGAAAAUCUUUCACCUGCACUGUUCGCUUCGACACUGAGGUGGAAUUGGAAUACUUCAACCACGGAGGCAUUCUUCAAUACGUUAUCAGGAACCUAAGCAAGCAGUAAUUGAAUCGCGUUGUUCCGAGGACUUGUUAUCCAUCUCACUGGAAGCGUUUUCAAUUGAAUGUGAGGAAGAAAAUAAAGGCCCUAAAAUUAUAGGAAACGAUCCCUUUCCGCGGGACGGAGGCCAUUUUUGGUUAUUCAUUUUAACACUGCCCAGGUUGUGUAGGCUUGUUGGUUUGUCGGUCUUUCGACAGGGUUAAAAAUAUAGUUUCGAGCAGUAGAAUAAUUUUCCGGUUCCGAUUGUUUGCUUGUUCUAAAGCAUUUAAAUAUGUACCUUGGGUUUUCAAGGGCACCAAGAUUAUAGGCAGUGUUGUGCCUUUGAACACGAUAAACGACCAAUGUGAUAUUUUGUUCAUGGCA